AUGCUGGCUGAACCUCAGGUUCACCACCAAGACUGGAUACAAGAUCUUUGGAAAAUCCCUAUGACGCCUAAAAUAAAGCUUCUAAUCUGGAAGAUCAAGAAUGGCGCAUUACCAGUGGGAGAAGUUCUAAGGGCAAGACAGAUUAUCCCUAACUCUAAGUGCAUCAGGUGCGAUUGCUCUGAAACUAUCAUCCACCUAUUUUUCCAUUGCGAAUUUGCUCGUAAAGUUUGGGAAUUAAUACCUGUUUCGGGAGGCUUUAACUGUGAUCAAGUGGUGAACUUUGAUGCGGCCUGGAAGUCAGCCCUUCAGGCUACUGUUCUCCCCCCAAUAGGGCUAGCUGAUACUUCUCUUGCCCCAUGGAUAAUUUCCUCAAUAUGGACGGCGAGGAACUUCCUGAUUUUCCAAAAAAGGCAAUUCUCAGCUCAAGAAACUAUGGUAAAGUCAAUUUGCGAUGCAAAGGAGUGGAAAUCAGCACAAUCAACCCUCUCCCCUCCAACUCGCAAUACGAUCUACCCGCCCAUUAGACACAAUUCUGAAUUUACCUGCAGAUCAGAUGCGGCGUGGAAGAAAGAGCUCAAUAGUGGAGGCGUGGCGUGGAGUUUCUACAACUCCUCUGGUGAGAGAAUCAACUCUCAUAGCAAACCUGUUGCGUUUGUGAUCUCGUCUCUUGUGGCGGAGGGACUAGCAAUACGCUCAGCGAUGGAGCAUGCAAUUGCUCUGCAGCUUGGAUCAGUGAUCUUCGAAUCAGACUCUCUACAGUUGGUGGCAGCUAUUGUGGGCGAUUCAAGCUUCUCGGAGAUUCAUGAAAUCCUCUCUGAUAUUCGCAUUUUAUCUACCUCUUUUGUUUCAAUUUCGUUUCGUUUUAUCCAUCGAGAAAACCUUAAGUUUGAAGACUCUAUGGCUAAACAAGCUCUCAGUCGUUUUGUAGUGACCCGGUUUAACCAAGCCAUCUAA